AACAACAAACAUGGCCGCGAAAUCAGACGGUACAGCCGUCUCUUUGCAGAAUGACAUUCCACCGAAGUGCCUCCCUGGGCUGGAGAAGCGCUCUCCCCAGUGGUGUCCCGUCGGGAAGGAGUAUUCGCUCCUGGACUGCGGCUGGACCCUCUGCGCCCUCCUGGUCUUUUUCUCGGACGGGGCUUCAGACCUGUGGCUGGCUGCCGACUACUAUCUCAGGCGGGACUACUGGUGGUUCGCUCUGACACUCGUUUUUAUCAUAAUUCCGUCCGUGGUGGUGCAGGUGCUCAGCUUCCGAUGGUUCGCGUACGAUUACUCCGACGCUAACGGGAGCGGCACGGCUGCGGCUGCUAUGGUAGCGGCGUCCAAUGCGGAGAGCCACUUCAGCACCAAGGACAGCGAUCAUCGGGGCGAUGGCCGCUCCGCCGCGGUCACCGGAUCCCGGAGCAACGCUGAGAGCUGCUGCAGAGCCUGCGUGUGGCUCUUCCAAAGCGUCGUGCACGUUCUUCAGCUGGCACAGGUCUGGAGGUAUGUCCAUGCCUUAUAUCUGGGCGUGCAAAGCCGCUGGCGUGGGGACCACGAGCACAAACACUACUACUGGCGUACGAUGUUUGAGAACGCUGACAUCAGCAUGCUGAGGUUGCUUGAGACCUUCCUGAAGAGCGCACCUCAGCUCGUUCUGCAACUCAGCAUUAUGGUCCAGACCGGCCAGGUCCUCCCUUUGCAGGGUCUGUCUGCGUCCGCCUCUCUAGUGUCUCUGGGCUGGAUGAUGGCCUCUUAUCAGAAGGCAUUACGGGACUCUCGUGACGACAAGCUCCCAAUGUUGUACAAAGCAGUGGUGGUGAAUAUGCUGUGGCACCUCUUCACAGUGGGAGCCCGUGCCAUGGCCUUCGCCCUCUUCGUUUCCAUUUUCCAGCUCUACUUCGGCAUUUUCAUCGUGGCCCACUGGUGUGCCAUGACCUUCUGGAUCAUCCAAGGUGAGACGGACUUUUGCAUGUCCAAGUGGGAGGAGAUCCUCUACAACAUGAUGGUGGGCAUUGUGUACAUAUUCUGCUGGUUCAGCGUCCGUGAGGGCCCCACGCGGUGCCGUCUGCUUCUUUACAGCCUCAUAAUCCUGGGUGAAAAUGUGGCCCUCACUGUCAUGUGGUACAUAUACCGGAGCCAGCGCUCUUCAGACUUUUACGCCGUGGUGGUGGUGUGUGUGGUGGCCUGUAGCUACGCCCUAGGCACAUUUUUUAUGUUUGUCUACUACUGCCUGUUGCACCCUGACGGUUCUGUGUCUGGGGCCUAUAUUGGAUGUUGCGACGUCCAGGUGGGUGCUGUUUCAGAUCAGUGUGUCUCAUCACCCACCUCCGCUCCUCCUCCUCUGGAUGCGGUGAGCAGCCUGCCACGGACUCUGCAGAGGACUAAAGGAGGAGAGUUAGUACAAGGAGGAGACGUUGGUGAAGUGUUUAAGAUGCGGACCCUGAAGGCCUCGCGCAACGCUGUGCCUCGCCUCAACCCAAGGACAGAGGGGCCAGUAAUUCGGAUCGACCUUCCCAGGAAGCAGUACCCAGCCUGGGACGCCCACUUCAUUGAUCGCAGGCUAAGAAAGACCAUUCUGGUGCUGGAAGCCGCUUCUCCAGUCACACCAAGGAUCCAGUACCGCUAUCUAGGCACACCGAAGGAAGUGAUGGAAUAUGAGACGACAGUCUGAAACAGUUUUUCGACAGUUUUAGUUCUCCAAAUAAAAGAUGUGUUAGUGUGCAGAAAAGUCAGUUUGUGUCCAGCUUUAUUUGGUGAAAAGGAAAAGCACAUUAAGCACCUGUGUCUAGAAAAGAGCCACCCUGUGGUGACCCUAGACAUUACUACAGGUUAUUGGGUUAGGAGGUUAAGCAGGGGUCUGGCCAAAUGAAUGAAAGAAAGCAGUGAUGCCACGGUAACUCUGUAAUGAGCAAAACAACAUAUCAGUGUGGCACAAUAACAGCAAUGGUGCUUAAACACAUCCUAAACACCAUUUCAGACCAACCUAGGUGUUUUUAAAUCUCUCGUGGCAGCUGCCGUAAACAACAAAUACUGAAUCCACUCGGUCGUAAUUCUGUGGGUAUUGAGGUUGUAGUAGGUCCAAGUAAAAUGUGUAAGUUGUCUCAUUAAAGGCCUUAAGACUUUCUUACGUUUGGCUAUUUAGCAUCUGAAAGGUGUAUUUCACCCUGUUUAAACAUUAGCAAAUAUAUGAAAACAGUUUGUGUGAUAGAUAAUUGAAGGGUUGAGCUUCUAUAACAUCUAAGCAUUUUAUUAAGCACAGAAUAUGUUGCCUUCAAGAACAGGGAUCAGACUUUGCAAGGAACACA